UUUUGGGGGUGGAGUUGGAAAACUCAGUAAGGCAUCGUCUGCACAGAGAGAGACAGAGGUAGGAGGUGGGCACUCUGUCUCUGUCUGUGCCAGGUCGGACAGAUUCUUCACAUACACAUACACACACACACCUUCUCCAACUCUCGAGACUCUUCAUCAUACAUCCCGAAACUACUACAACCGGUAACAAACUCAUUGGGGGAGAGAAGGAAGGGCAGAAUUGGAAUUAAGAAGAAGACUCCCAGGAUUGUGUUCAUGUAUUUUAGAAGUAGCAUUUGUUAAUUGUAUUCCUUUGUGUGGUCUGUGGGCUGUGUUUUUUUUUAACUGAGUCAUUAAUGAACCCGUUUGCAUCGGCAACUACAGAAGAUAAAUUGAAAUUCGCGUUUCUUUGCUGAAGAUUGUAAGUCACAAGCCAGAGAGAGAGAGAGGUGAACAAAAAAAAGCAAGAGUCGGUUGGAAUUCCUUUCCUCCUGCAAUUGACUUGGGGAAACUUUUGUUUGGAUUACGUUGAUCCCAGUUUCUUUUGAAAACUCGAUUUUGGAUUUUUUUGUGUGUCUCCUGUGCAAACAAAAAAAAACACACACACACUCAGUUCUUGAUUUGGUUGCACCGUCCUUGCGAAGAUGAUGUGGAUUUCGCUGUGCCUGGCUUUACUGGGACUCCUUCCCUCCCCUGUUGUGGGAGACCAGAGACCCAAGACCUGUUUGGACAUGAGAACGCUGUACAACUCCAAAGGGUUCUCGGUGACCGCGGUGCCUUCAGCUGAGAUCUCGGGAGAGCACCUGCGGAUCUGCCCACAGGGUUAUACCUGCUGCACAAGCGAAAUGGAGGACAACUUGGCCAAACGGAGUCUCAGUGAAUUUGAGGCAAUGGUGAGGAAUGCCAGCCAUACGGUGCAGAUGAUGCUUACGACGCAACACAACAGCUUCGACAACUAUUUCCAGGAGCUGCUAGACCAAUCCGAAAAGAACCUACACAAAAAGCUGACGCACAUGUACGGACUCCUAUGCGCCGAGAAUAGCAAAAUCUUUAAGGACCUGUUCAGCGAGCUGCGUCAUUAUUACAAAGGUGCCAACAUCAACCUGGAGGAGGUGCUGAAUGAGUUCUGGUCGAGGCUGAUGGAGUGUCAAUUCAAACAUCAGAACCCACACUUCCAGAUCAGCGAUGAGUACCUCGAGUGCAUGGUUAAACACGCAGAGCAGCUGAGACCCUUUGGUGAGGUGCCUCGGUUCUUUAAGAUGAGGCUAACUCGGGUGUUCAUCGCCGCUCGGUCCUUCGUGCGGAGCCUCAGCCUUGGCACAGAUGUAGUGAAGAAAGUUUCUCAGGUACCUCCAAGCCCAGAGUGUGUUCGAGCCAUGAUGAGAUUGAUGUAUUGCCCUCACUGCCGGAGCAUGGCAAGUGUGAAACCUUGCAACAACUAUUGCCUCAACAUCUUGAAGGGCUGCCUGGCCAAUCACGCGGACCUAGACAGCGAAUGGAGGAACCUGGUCGACUCAAUGGUUCAGGUGGCUGACGGAUUUAACGGACCGUCAAACAUGGAGUCGCUGGUCGAUACGAUUUACAUGAAGAUCGCUGAAGCAAUACAGACCAUGCGGGAUAACAGAAUUCAUAUUUCAUCAAAGGUUCUUCAGGGUUGUGGUCAUCUCAAAUCAGUAAGCAAACGGUCAGCCGAGGAUGAUUCAAGGAGACGUGGGAAGCUGUACCCAGUGGAGGAGAGGCCAGUCAGUCUCAGCACUCCACCCAUGGACAGAUUGGUUACUGAAGUCAAGAUGAAGCUCCAAGGUGUUCGAAAAUUGUGGGUCACGCUCCCCAGUGCCCUGUGCAACGAGAAGGUGACGGCAGGGUUGGCCAACGAGGACAGGUGUUGGAAUGGGCAGAGCAGAGGGAGGUAUCUCCCAGAGGUCAUGGCGGAUGGAUUAGCCAAUCAGAUUAACAACCCAGAGGUUGAGGUUGACAUCACCAAGCCGGAUAUGACCAUUCGCCAACAGAUCAUGCAGCUGCGGAUAAUGACGAAUCGACUGCGGAAUGCCUACAAUGGCAACGAUGUGGAUUUCCAGGACACAAGUGACGAUAGCAGCGGGUCUGGGAGUGGUGACGCCUGCUUGGAAGAUGGAUGCAGCAGGAGACGGUUGUUCAAUGCUGCAACCCGGUCACCUGUUGUCUACGCCAUUCCAGAGCAGAGUGGGAAAUCCAAUCUGGGAAACGGAGGCAACAUCCUGCGAUGCUCAGCCGCCUCCUUCCACCUGCUGGCCCUGGCCCUGGCCCUGCCAUUUUUCUGUCGGUAGAAUUCUUUCUGGGGCAUGAGAGAGAGAGACUGAGGCAAAACCUUUGCGGACAACAAAAAAAAGGACACGUGUUUUGUUUAACUUUUGCAUCAAAAAUAAAAGAAUCUUAUUUGUAAAUUCUGGCGGUGCUGGAGGUGGAUGUACUUUGUAUCUUUGAACUCUUUGGGGAGAGGGAGUUUCGUCUUGUGCAGUUGGAGGAGACCCCUUUGCUUUUCAAGCUGAAUGCUUUCGCCCCCUAGCUUUGGGACGUGGAAUUGUUUUGAUCACCUGUUCUCAAUGCAGCACAAACACAGGCUCCCCCUGCAAGACCUGGAGGUUUCCCCACAUGGAAAAAAUAACAACAAUUAAAAAAAAAUCCCAAGGUUGAGAUAGUUCGCCUUUUCUUGAAAGUAAAACAUUGCCAGUGAGGUAUUACUUGGUACAUUAUGUGCUAUGCUACAUUCACAGUAUGGGCACCCCCCCCAAGGAUAACAGGUUGGAUGUUAUCCCUAUAAUUCUAGGUGAAUGACCUAAAUACGGAAUUCCAGGAUCAGUCUCCCUCGAUUUUGUUUUUAUUUUCUCCUUGCUAGCAAGGCUAUGUGGUUCAUGUUAGCCUAGAGCAUAAGAAGCGUUGGUAUAAUCAUUUGUGAAAUUUCCUUGUCGUAGGAGGGGCAGGGUCUUUAUUUUCCAUAUUAAGCCUUUAAAAGCAAACGAUAGUUGAUAUUUCUCAAAGGAUUGGAGCGUAACUGAUGCUACUUGUUAAUACUGCACUGUCAAAUGGUAGAGAUUGGGAUAAUAAAGGGAGGGGGGGACGGGAGGGGAUGUGGUUGUAGGUAGCAGAUGAGAGCGGUACGUUGCCUUCUCCAGAGGUUUAAACAUUUAACAAAAGAGUUGAGUGAUUGAGACCAUUUUCCCAUUAAUAGUGUCACAAAUGCCUCCUUACUAGUGCAAACAGGAAUCUGCUGUCAUCUCCUACAAUCAAGCAACUUGUGUGCAAUUUGGUAGUAAUGCAAGUGUUAAUGGAAAGAAAGGUUAGGCAGAAGGGGGUUUGGUAAAAGAGAAGAUGACUCUUGGUGUUGACACAAUGCAGAGAGCCUACUUCAAGCUAACUUAGAGGCAGCCAAUAAAAAUUUAUUAAUGUGCAUAAGAGGCUGAUAGGUAAAACGUUUUGUUGCAUUCUGGUUCCUGACUUUUCAAAUUACUGAAUGAACGAAGUGGGUGAGGUAGGUGAUGGUGGUGGAGCUCAUGAAAGGGAAAAUGGGCCUUCAAUCAGACCCUUGCUGUGUAUGUUGUCCGUUAUGUGGUAGAGCUGUAUAGUAGCGUUGUCGUGUUUUUAAAAAUGGCUACCAUUUUAAGUCUGAAAGACGACAGUCAAUUGAGGUACUCUGAGAUAUGGAUGCUGGGAAAUAUUGGGCCAAUGCGUUUGACCUGCACAAAUAUGACUAUGGAAAAAUUGUUGAGUUGCCAUAGGUUGUAAAAGAUGUAAACAGGUUAGUCACUGGGUGGGUUAAGGCAGUUUCACAGUAAGCUGGCUUGUGGGACAACUGCCCAGCUUUCUGUUGUGCCCAUUCAUUCUAGGAAUUAGAGAUAACAAAGUGUAGAGCUGGGUGAACACAGCAGGUCAAACAGCAUCAGAGGAGCAGGAAGGCUGACGGGCCCGAAAUGUCAUCCUUCCUGCUCCUCUGAUGCUGUUUGGCCUGCUGUGUUCAUCCAGCUCUACACCUUGUUAUCUCAGAUUCUCCAGCAUCUGCAGUUCCUACUAUCUCUGAAACAUUCUAGGAAUUAACUUUGUUCUCAAAUUUGCAGUGUAUAGGUUUUGCUUUUUGGAAAACAAAAUAAUAAAAGUAACUAAAUUGCACACACAAACAGUAUGCCAACCUUGAAUUUUAUUUUCAAUCUGCAUUUUUAGGCUUAUGCUUAAUUUAACAUUUCAUUUCAAGCUUGUAUACAUCCACUUCUCCCUAUUGAGAGAAAUUCCAGUCUUGUGUAAGAUAUGUAGUCAGUCAAUCCUCCAAUACUGAUUUGAUGUGUCAGUGGUGACCCUGGAUGACUCUUGACCCCCCUUACCCGAUGGUGACCCAGGAUACCCUCCAAACUGUCACCCAUGAGUAACCUUAGAUAACCCUUCACCCCCUCACCCUGCUGUGACCCUGGCAAACCUCUCAGCCUUCACUGAACAAUCGGCCUCAUUUACGGAGGUUAUCUUUUGAUGUCUGAAUACCGUUUGUCCAUUAAACACAGCUUUACUUAGCAUUUUCAUAAAAUAAUUUAUAGUUGUCUAGGUCAGAGAUUUCAGUUGGUAACCAAUGUCGAAGGCUUCCCUGCUCAACAUUGUCAAAUUUCAUUUUUUUGCAAUUAUUUUUCUUGACAUGUUGACACAGCAGAAAUUACUUGAAUGAGUAGAAAUGGAAUAAAGGUAUAAACUAAAAAUUAAAUACAUUGGAAGUUUAAGAUAGCUCUCUCAGGAUCUGACAGAUUUGUAAAGGAUUCAUAUUUUCAAACUGCACUCAAGUCAUUCAAAUCCCUUUCGGAUUAUAUCAUUUAGUAAGAGCUGCUUGUUGGGUUUAUUCAUACAGACUAAUCACACAGCCAAGUGUUUAAAGCCUGUCCCUUUUUCAUAUGCUUUAUCUUACUUCAUUUUGCGUCCUGUUUUCCAUGCGUACUGUUCAUACUCUAGCUGGUAUCUGCUACUCUUUCAAAAGAGUAUUUAGUUUGAUUUUAUUUUUGCCCUCUCUUAAAGUUGGGUUUUGAAAUAGAACAUAAUUGGGGCCAGACUUAGGUUUAAGUUUAAGAACCUUUCAGUGCUAGAGGGGCUGUAGGCUGUAUUUUCACUCUACAGGUUAUUCAAUCCCUACCUUUCUUCCCCAGCCCCAACCUCCCUCACCACCUAGUACCCAAAUUUAUUUUCUCUGUAAUGCUCACUGUUAUUGUUGCCAGCAUCAAAGCUUCUGUUAUAUGCCCUUGUUGUCAGAGUAACCCUUCAUAGGCUUUUGAAUAAAAUCUCCCAUACAGUACUGUAUGUUUGCUUGUCUCUCCUCAGUCUCAUACUCCUUCUUUCUCUCCAAUUCUCUCUUCUUUUUCCACUUUACCUUGUUUUCUGUCAGUUUCUCCACACUCUCUUUCUCUCAGAACUAUUCCCUGGUGUACUUUCUCCCUCAAUUUUUCUCUGUCUCUCUUUCUCUCUUUCUCUCUCUCUCUCUCUCUCUCUCUCUCUCAUGUGUACAUGUGUUCCUUUUCCCUGUAGGGAGAUAACGUUUACACUGGGGCAACAGCUAUCUGUGAUUUUCAGUACCUUUAUGAGUGAAUGGUGUAGGAUUUUUUUAUAUUACCGCAGGUGUAAAUUUUUUGUCAAAUCUGUUAAGUUAAAAGAAAGCGACCUUUCAAUGUCAGCAGCAAGGAGUAUAAUGAUUUGGGAAAAUUAAUUUUUUUUAACCUUGUGGCCCACCAACCAAGUCGUUGUAUGGAGGGGCCUACACCAGUCGAAAGGGCUGACAAAAAGGCAUCCUUCCUCAUGCCUGUUGAGAAUUGUCCAAAAUGGAAAUGUUAUAGUCAAGGCUGGUUUCAGAGGGCUGCAGCAGUAGAUGAGGAGAGGAAUUCCUCUCUCUCUUCCUCUUAUCCUGGCGAACAGGUAACCUUUCAUGAGUCAGGAGGAGUAUUGGUAAUAAUUUUACACGCACACCAUAACAAGCAUGUACACUGAUUGUUAAUGAAACAUAAAAGGACGAUCUCUAUCCCUUUCCUCAUCCCCCCAACCUUCAAGUUGCUUUGAGUGUACUUUUCUGUUUUUUUUGUACUAAUAUCAGCUCAGGGUUCACGCUAUUCUGAUACUAAGCAUUGCAGAGACAGGCCUACUUGUUCUGUGUGAUGUUUGACACUUUACAUAACUGUCAGCCAUUUUAGAGAAUUCAUUUGGGAUGGGGGUAGAAUCUGGGCUUCUUGUAUACCAUCGUCAGUAACGCACACGUUGUGACUGGUCUUUACCAAAAAAAAGGCAGUGUCUGACUUGUUGAGACCUUUCAACUGCAUUUCAUUUCUUGCUUUGCACUGUUUGCUGGCAAUUGGUGGAAGAUUUUGGGAUUUUUCUUGUUGCCAGGCUGGAGUGGUGGGUUAAGGAUAGUGAAGACAUCGCAGGAAUUUGGUUUGAUCUUCCUACAAGCUGUCUGACCUAGUUCGGGAUGCCCUCGCAGUUUGUCUGUUGGUCUUUGGGUUAAACACGAAACGCGGGUGGGAGAGAUAGAUGGAGGAAGAUUUUCUCAAAGGGGGCCAAUGCUUCCUUAAAUUUCCAGGACUUUUCUUCACAGUUGAUAGACUGAUAGAUAAUGUCUGUGGCCCAGUCAUUGCCACACUGGCUGCGCCCAGGACCUGCAACCAUGGGACCAUCCACGGGUUACCUUUCUUUAGCCCCCAAUUUCUGGCCUGGUUGGCAACAAUUCUCCUCAUUAAUAUCGCAAUUUGCUUGCCUCAAUUUAAGGCCCAAAAUGUUGGACAUACUUUAUUUUUAAAGGUUGGAGAAAGUGUUGAGAGUCUGACAUAUUAUGAGAUGCUUUUGUUCCUGGCUGUACUCACAAGAGCACAUUGCGCUAUGCUAACAGCCAACAUCACGCCUGGAUAAAACAACUCCUUCCACUAGCUGUGGUCAUAUAAAUCCAGUGGAUUGUUUUAUUCAAUUCAAUAGUGUAGAUAAAAGUGUUUCCCCGUCAAGUUGAAACACCUCACAAGUCAUUCUGUGCCUUUUUUUUAAAUUCGCAAAGGAAUGUAUUAAAUGUCAAUAUGGUAGUCUCCUUUUAAUUUUACUGUUCAUUGUUGGAUUGGGCUGUUUACUGUCAAUAACCUCCAAGACUAAGAUGCUUUGGAAAUCAGUGUUAAGUUUUUCUUUAUUGUGUUAUUUUGUUGCUUUAAAAAAAUAACAAAAGUACACAUUCAUCUGUUUACUACACCUUUGAUUUCAAAGCUUUUCAGAAAAUAAAAAGAACAUUUUGAGUC